UGACCUUUUUGAGGUAGGAAUUUUUAAAUAAUUCCUAGCGUCUGUAUGAUUUGUGAUGAAAGCAGGACCAUAUCUAACCCUCGCUGUAUGCAUCGCUGUAUACACGUUUCAUGGUACUAGAUAAGCAUUUCCCAUCGUCUUCGUUGAACUAAGAAGUCCAUAACGGCACAAAGGCGUGUCUAUUAUGACAAUCGGAAUGAAAUUUUCCAGUCCGACGCGACAGACGUCUGGGUUCCAGGAUUGAAAUUGGAAAUUCCAGUGAAAAUGCCAUCACGAAUAUACACGUCUCCUUACCUUGGCGACGGGAAAGCAAAGAAAAGCGCAAACGCAACGCCGGAAUGGGAAACGGGAUAGGCACCCUAUCUAUAACGUUCACAAUCCAACUUACUGGGCACACCCGAAUUUAUACGAUAUUAAACAGUGUGUACACGCGGUUUUUCGGAGGAUUUACACCUAUUUAUUCCCUUUAACGCCCAAAUUUUCUUUUCGGUAGUGUAAAAAUCAGUAUCUUUUUUCUAUCCAAAAAGUACACGCCUUCUAUAUUGCUUAGUUUUUUCUUUCUUUAAUUUCUCCAAACGAAAUCUUAAAACUCCUUUCGUAAACUGUCACAAUACAUUUUUGUUCAAUACUUCCGUAGACAUUGUUAGUUUUCAUAUUUCUAACAUUCAUAUUCAUAAUAAGUUAAAAUCUGUUGUAUGUAAUAAAAUAAAUCUGAUUCGUCAAUUCACUACGGAGACUAUGAAGAAAACGCCUUAAAGUUACAUACGUAUAUCGUAAUAGAUAUUCUUUGUUCGACCAUUGACCAUUCUUAGAAUAAUAUUUAUCGUACAAAUGGGGUGUAAUACUAGUAAAGAUAGUGCGCAAGCUGUUGGAAAAAAAUCAACGGAAGGACAAAAUGAAACCGAAGAAAAUGCUCUUAACAGCAAGGAAGUGCCCUACAACCUACUGUCAGUAUGGCGACUACAGGAGGCAGGCAUGACAGUCAUUUUUGACAAACAUGGUGUACAUGUAAAUAAGGGCGGAAAAGAAAUUCUAACAGGUACCAAAGGAAGUAAUCAAGUCAAUUCCAAAAGUAGUAAAGAAGAAGAAAACAAACCUAAUCCGGAAGAAGCUGCUACCAAGAUCCAGGCUGCUUUCAGAGGGCAUAAAACACGGAAAACAAUGAAACAAGCCAGUACCAAACCGGAAAAGAGUGAAAAUCCAAGUAAAAAUACAACCGGACAACAUCAAGAAAAUGUCGACAUUGACUUGAACGAAGAGGGUUUGGAAGAAGCUGCAACAAAAAUCCAAGCAUCAUUUCGAGGGCACCUAGUACGAAAGCAAAUGGACAAAGAUGAAAAGCAAGAAGGCAAGGGAGACAGCAAGAAUUCUGAUAACACGCAAGAGGAAGUGGACAUAGACUUAACGGAUCCCGACUUGAACGACGCAGCUAUGAAAAUUCAAGCGUCUUUUAGGGGGCACAUGGCUCGUAAGGAGAACGAACAGCAGAAAAGUCAGCCUGAAGGGAAACACCAAAAGUAAUUUUGUGGGACUGGUUGACAUAUAUAUUUUUCUCCAAGCAACAUUACUAUAAAUAAAGAUGAAUUUUUAGGCUUUAUCAUAGCUUGAAACAUUAUUAUGUAAAAUAUACAUAAUACUACAUACAUUUAAACACGUUUUUAGAACUAUCUCCGAUUUCGAACUGUCCAAAGUGAGUCAGUCAGUGAAUUAAAGGAAUUGUCGUUAUUACCUUCAUGUUUUUCAUGACGUUUUUAUAUCUUAUAACAAGUCGUAAUAUUUGAUAUUUUGAGAAGGAAUAGUAAAUGUAUCUGACGCAUACUCAAUCUUACAGUUUUUUUUCGUAAAAUGAUCUCAUUUAAUUAUAUAUAAAGAAUCUAUAUCUGACA